UUGAAUUAAUUUAUCGCGCUCACCACUCGGACGACAACUUUGUCAACAGCAUCCAACCGCCCGAACGAACGAACGAACGAACCAAGCGAUGGACAACGCGUCUCAAGUUGUUGACUUGCUGGAUGAAGUUCACCAUCUGAGAUUUACGGCUGAGCGAGAUGUACUGAAUGCCUGGAAGACGUACAAUGUUUCCGAGAGGACCCGCCAGCUGCUGAGUGAGGCAGGAAGGGUAAUAUACGCGGAGGCGAUUUCGUUCGACGGAAGCGAGGGAUCGAAGACGCAUUUCCCGAAAUCUUUGGCGACACUGGCUGUGGAAUGUUUGGCCCAAGCGUUCCAGGGUGGAUCGGUUCCGGAUGCGCUUACGUGUCAACAGCAACGGGAUUUCGGCGGCAUGCUGGAUGUUGAUCUUCCCAUUCUUCAGCUACUCGAAGUCGAUAAUGAAUUAUUUUGGAAGCGUGUUGCCAGAACCAAAAUUAGGAGAUUUGGGGAUUUUUUGGAGCUUGAACGUGAUAAACACUUCCACUGGAAGCCAAUAGGUAUUGAAUUGAAGGUAGCGGAAGCGAUUUCUGGGGAAGAUCCUACAUACUGGUUUGAAGGUUGUCUGGAAGAUAUUUUGAUUAAGUCGGCACCAUUCGUCAAAAAACUCAUCGUUGCUCAUCUGCAACAUUCGAAGACCGUAGAAUUGGCUGAAGGGUAUGAGGGUUAUAAACUGUACAAUGUUCCAUCGGAACUUUCUCAUCACGGCUCGUUGAAGGUAUUGAGACAUCUUCAGAAUUUAACUUCUUUAAGUUUGACGUUCGGACCAGAGGAUCGUUGUAAGCAAUAUCAGCGAAGGUUCUUUCAGUGCUCGCUUGAGGAUAUGGAGAAUCUGGCCGAAGCGCUGGGAAAGUUACAAUUUUUGGAGCACUUUAAAAUUUCAAAAAGUCGACUGAGUCCGGAAAAGUUGAAGGUACUGCUCAACCAAUUGGCACUGAAGCAGCUUAAGGUGUUGGAGUUUCCCUAUUGCAAUCUUUCUGAUGAUACGGGAAUUCAUCUGGGGAAGUACAUCAGCAAGUGCCCUCCGUGCCUCCAUACUGUGAACCUUUCGGGGAAUUUCCUGAGCGGAAAAGAAAUAGAGAACUUUGGCUAUGGAAUCUACGUUUAUGAGGGUAUUCUAGAUCGGCUGGAUAUUUCCUACAAUCCUGUUGGGGAAGCGGGAAUACUAACACUUGGCGGAGCUGUAAAAAAAUCAAAGCAUUUGCGAGAGUUGAACGUUUCCGUUUGCGAUAUUGGCGAGCAAGGUGCCCUCAGAGUCGCACAACUGCUCGGAUUUCACCGGCCACUGGAGGUUCUACUCAUGGAUUGUGUACCUCUGGGGAAAACUGGCGGUAAAAAACUAAUCCAAGUGCUGAAGGAAAACUGGUUCGUCCAAGAGGUACAUUGUAAAUCCUGCGGGCUAAAGGAAAGCCAGGAAGAGCGUGUCAAAAAAAUUCUCAGAAGAAACAACAAAUUCAUUCGGUCGCAGCGAAUUUCUAGCACUUGCGGUGCUUCCGAACCUACAAAUGCAGAAUCUGAGCCGCAAUAG